GUGCUCAGUAUGAAAAGGGUGAAUAUACUGUAAUGGCAGGCAGCAUGAGGAGAAUCCCCUGACACUUGACAGCAGACAUCACAUGAUGAUUGCAUCAGCUUGUUCACAGAAGGAAUAUUGGUGAACAAGUGCUAGAUAAUCCCAUGACUGUGAAAUCUCUAGUGGUAUCUGCUUCUUAAGAUUGACAGAUGUGAAGUAACAUUGACAAUGAACACUGUUAGCCCUUCAUUCCUCUUUGAAGUCACUUGUUUCUUCGGAUGGGAUGACCUAGUGCCUCUAAACCAACUGCUCACAGCUUUUCUGCUGGGGUUUUGUGCCACUUUGGUGGUAUACAAAUGGCAGGGAGAUCACCUCAAAAGUGAUGCAACCAAUAGCAACAUAGUUUCAGGCAACGGUAAUACAUGUGUGAAUAUUGGUGGCAGUAAUAAUACUAAUACUGUCACCAUCAAACAUUUCAAGACCAGGAAAUGUGCUUCAAAUAAACCUGCCCUAUAUGCUCCUAUCUGCCGAUCAUCACGGCUGAACACCAAGACUCAAGCUUCAUGCAGAAGACUAACAGACAAACUAGCACAGCUGUCAGAUGAUGGACUGUUAAAGACGUGUCAAAGCCGUAUACAAAAAAUGUUUCGAGGCAAGACAAAGCCAGACUUCAAAGUCGUCCUGCACCUGGCGGAAACACUGAAUGCCAUCAACGAGGGUAGUUUUAUGCGGGCAUAUACACUUCUGAACAAGGUUGAGAAGCUCCUGCCUUCAACAGAGAGCAACGUGGAAUACACCUUACGGUGGUUCCAUCUCAAGUCUUUAGCCCAGCUACGAGAAGGUAAAAACGCUGGGCUCUACCUGACUGGCAAGGCACUCACUUUGAUAGACCAAUUAGAACCUGGUUGUUUGUCUGGAUGGGUCUUAAUACUUCGGGCCAGGUUAAUAUCUAGUCUUGUUUUUGAACAACAAGAGGAAACUACUGAGAUGGCAUUGUCAAAAGAUGCCGAAACACUUUUCCACACAGCAAUCCAGCAUGCCCAAAAUGAGUUUCCACAACAGAUGGAGAAUUGCCAGUCCUACAUUCCCCAGUUUGCAAGCAUUGGCUUAGUAUUCCUGCACAUGCGAUUCUGGCCAUCUUUGAAUAAACCUAAGCUGGGCAUUCCAAAGCAAGCUUCCCCCCAAUCCUUAGAAAAGGUUCAGAAGAUACUGGCAAAUAUUGAUGAAUCUGCCCAAACAUGUCAUAUUUCCAAACUUUUCCUAAUGCUUGCUAAGGCCAGCCUACAAUAUGGACUUGGCCAUGAUGCAAUUGGUGAUGACCUUGUGAAAUCAGCAAGAAAACUAGUAAAAAAACAUGCAUACUUGAGACUUGUAGACUGUUACUAGCAAGUGUAACUGUCAUAUUAUGCAGCAACUAUAGUUGUAUAAUACAUGUAUCAUGUAAAAAUCAUAGAAUAUAUGAUAAUAUACCGAUUAUUGCUAUAUCUAGUAGACACAAUGUUAGAGCUUUAGUGUGAUUGCCAAAUAGUUUGAGAUCUCUAUAGUACUAUACCCAGGUAUGCAAUAUCAGUUUACAUGCACACAAAUGUAGAUAUGCAGGUAUUAUACUAUGACUAUGAGAUGUUGCAUUGUAGCUAUUAGAGAUUUCUUUAGAAUUAUAAAAAAAUCAUAAAAAUAUGGUAGAAUCAUGAAAAUCAAACUGUCUUAGUAGUGUAAAUGCAUGCAUGUAAAUGUAUAACAUAG